AUGCCGAGUGAAUCGAGAAAGAAGUCAGGAUUUGGGGGCUUUCAACCUUCAUAUAGGGGAACUAUAUUCGAUCACCCCUUGGUUCAAAAAGCACGAAGAGGAAUGCCAUCAGAAACGUCAUCGAAUAAUUUGAAUUCGCUGAGGUCACAGUCGAUGGGAAAUUUGCCUCCAAUGAAGACUGAAUAUACUUAUCGAUUCGAAGGCGAAAAAUAUAAUAUUCCGAAAUAUGAGAAAAAAGACAAGCCGAUUGAUCCCUGGAAUCUCGAUGCAAUGGUCGAGCAAAAACUAAAACGAACGAAAACGACCCUUAACUUCCGUCGAGGAGCCCUGCCUGCAUAUGGCGGUCACGUGCCUGGAUACAAGUUUCGCUUUGGCGAGAGUUUUGCUGCUCUUUCUGUCAGAAUUCCGAAAUAA